GACAACAUCUUCUUGAAAAGAAGUAGAAGCUAACCCUAUUUGUUUGCGCCAAAAUUAAACUGACAGAAACGACUAAUAUUGGCUAUAGAGAUAUAUUUUAAUUUGAAUGUAGUUGAAGAAUUCCACAAAAACGUGAUGUAUUCGGUUUUACAUAAAAAGGAUAAUGCUCAUGAUGAAGGAAUUUGGAGUUGUUAUUGGGGCCGGUAUGUUCCAGAAAAAAAGAAAAAAUCCGACGAAGAUAACCAAGGAGAUGAUGAAAAGUCCAGAGACUCAGUGAUGUCUGAUGAAUCCCCCACAGACUAUAUUGUUACUGGAGGAGUAGAUGACCUGGUGAAAGUUUGGGAAUUUCAAGAUGAUAUACUGACUCUUAAACACAAUCUUGAAGGUCACUCUUUGGGAGUUGUUUCUGUGGCAGUUAGUAAUAACGGAAAAUUAUGUGCUUCAAGCUCUUUAGAUUCAAGUAUGAGAAUAUGGGAUUUAGAAAGUGGUGAAAAAAUUGCUAAUGUUGAUGUUGGUCCUGUUGAUCUUUGGACAGUUGCAUUUAGCCCAGAUGACAAUUACAUCAUUUCUGGCUCACAGACUGGAAAAAUUACAGCAUAUAGUGUAGAGACUGCCAAAGCAGAACAAACUUUUGAAACAAGGGGAAAAUUCACCCUUAGUAUAGCUUAUAGCCCCGAUGGAAAGUACAUAGCUAGUGGAGCUAUUGAUGGAAUUAUUAAUAUUUUUGAUGUGGCAGCAAAUAAAUUAUGGCAUACUUUGGAAGGUCAUGCCAUGCCCAUUAGAUCUCUUUGUUUCUCUCCCGAUUCUCAGUUACUUUUAACUGCAUCUGAUGAUGGACAUAUGAAAUUGUAUGAUGUACAGGAAACUAGUUUGAUUGGUACUCUAUCCGGUCAUGCUUCAUGGGUACUUAGUGUAGCCUUUUCUCCAGAUGGAAAGAAUUUUGUGUCAGGAAGUUCAGAUAAAACUGUAAAAGUAUGGGAUGUUGCUUCAAGACAAUGUGUUCAUACCUUUAAUGAACAUAAUGACCAAGUUUGGGGAGUGAAAUAUAAUCCAGAUAGUAAUAAGAUCCUUUCUGUAUCUGAAGAUAAAAGUGUUAAUGUUUAUAAUUGUCCAGUAUAAUUAUAACAAAUAUACAUUUUUUUUACUUGGA